UGCCUCCGCUCUGCGGCCUCCGCCCCGCCGCCAUGUACCGCUGCCUGGGCGAAGCGCUGCUGCUGUGCAGCGCGGGGCCCGCCGCCUUGGUCUCCGCGGCGGCCGACUCGGCCGCGCUGCUGGGCCGGGCCCGCGGGCAGCCCGCCGCCGCCGCUGCCGUUGCCGCCCCGCAGCUGGGGCUCGCGCCGCCCACCCGGCGACACUACAGCGAGGCGGCGGCCGACCGCGAGGACGACCCUAACUUCUUCAAGAUGGUGGAGGGCUUUUUCGACCGCGGCGCCAGCAUCGUGGAGGACAAGCUGGUGGAGGACCUCAAGACCCGGGAGAGCGAGGAGCAGAAGCGGAACCGGGUGCGCGGCAUCCUGCGGAUCAUCAAGCCCUGCAACCAUGUGCUGAGCCUGUCCUUCCCCAUCCGACGCGACGACGGCUCCUGGGAGGUCAUCGAAGGCUACCGGGCCCAGCACAGCCAGCACCGCACGCCCUGCAAGGGAGGGAUUCGUUACAGCAUGGAUGUGAGUGUGGAUGAGGUGAAAGCUCUGGCCUCGCUGAUGACCUACAAGUGUGCGGUGGUCGAUGUGCCAUUUGGGGGUGCCAAGGCUGGUGUUAAGAUCAAUCCCAAGAACUAUACUGAUAAUGAGUUGGAAAAGAUCACAAGGAGGUUUACCAUGGAGCUGGCGAAGAAGGGCUUUAUUGGUCCUGGCAUUGAUGUGCCUGCCCCAGACAUGAGCACAGGUGAGCGGGAGAUGUCCUGGAUUGCGGACACCUACGCCAGCACCAUAGGGCACUAUGAUAUUAAUGCCCAUGCCUGUGUUACUGGUAAGCCUAUCAGUCAGGGUGGGAUCCACGGGCGGAUCUCUGCUACUGGCCGAGGAGUCUUCCAUGGGAUUGAAAAUUUCAUCAACGAAGCUUCUUACAUGAGUAUUUUAGGAAUGACACCAGGGUUUGGAGAUAAAACAUUUGUUGUUCAGGGAUUUGGUAAUGUGGGCCUACACUCUAUGAGAUACUUACAUCGUUUUGGUGCUAAAUGUGUGGGUGUUGGUGAGUCUGACGGGAGCAUAUGGAAUCCAGAUGGUAUUGACCCAAAGGAACUGGAAGACUUCAAAUUGCAACAUGGAUCAAUCCUGGGCUUCCCCAAGGCAAAGCCCUACGAAGGGAGCAUCUUAGAAGCCGACUGUGACAUCCUGAUCCCUGCUGCCAGCGAGAAGCAGCUGACCAAGUCCAAUGCACCCCGAGUCAAAGCCAAGAUUAUUGCUGAGGGUGCCAAUGGGCCAACAACUCCAGAGGCUGAUAAGAUCUUCCUGGAGAGGAACAUUAUGGUGAUUCCCGAUCUCUACUUGAAUGCUGGAGGAGUGACAGUGUCUUACUUUGAGUGGCUGAAGAAUCUAAAUCAUGUCAGCUAUGGCCGUUUGACCUUCAAAUAUGAAAGGGAUUCUAACUACCACUUGCUGAUGUCUGUUCAAGAGAGCUUGGAAAGAAAGUUUGGAAAGCAUGGUGGAACUAUUCCCAUUGUACCUACAGCCGAGUUCCAAGACAGGAUAUCGGGCGCCUCCGAGAAGGACAUCGUGCACUCCGGCUUGGCAUACACCAUGGAGCGCUCUGCCAGGCAAAUCAUGCGCACGGCCAUGAAGUACAAUCUGGGUUUGGAUAUGAGAAUGGCUGCCUAUGUCAACGCCAUUGAGAAAGUCUUCAAGGUGAACAAUGAAGCUGGUGUGACCUUCACAUAGACAGAGUGUGGCUGACCUCUUCACUGCCCUCUUCCCCUCUUCAUCUGCAGACCCUUCACAAGUUUACAUGUAACCACAGAAAUCUCUCUCUCUCUCUCUCUCUCUCUCUCUCUCGACUUACUAGAUAAAUGGACAUCAUUCUCAACAAGUCAGUUGAAAUCAGCCCCUUUGAGAAAAAAGAAAUUAAGGUUGGGGAUCAUAUGUAAGCUGAUGAAUAUGGAAGUAGAAAUUCCCUAGGCCAGAGAGCCAUAUAGGUAUUUGGCUAUCAAAUGAAGGUCUCUCCUGUCUGUCUGUGGUGGCGUGCUCUGCAGCUACUUCCAGUACGGUCAGAGCUGGGGCCAGGAACACACCUGUUAGCCAAGAGCAGCCAGUUGCUUGCUACUUCAGCUCUGGAUGAGUCUGACACAUCCUGGAAUUGGCCGCCUCUGAGCCACAGGUGUGGAGCAUUUUCAGAAGGUGGCAUGGUCCUCAAGUGAGUUACUGGUAUUUGACAUCAGCAAAAUAACUCAGUUUUACAGAUUGCGACAAAAAUAAAAGCUGUUUCUCUUUAUGCAUUUUAUUCUCUUAGAAUAAAAUAAGUACAUGCUGCUGUAAUAAAACUGCCUUUAAUCACUUA